AUGUACGAUUCUAACGAAGCAGAAAUAACAAUUAGGCACAGGGGAAGGCCAAAGAAAGCGCCAACGUACUUUAAAUUCAGUCCUUACGUGUACAACACGCCACUUGGAUUUCAGUACACCCAGCCUACAAUUCUGAAUGCGAAUUUUUCAGGAUUGCCGUGCACCAAUCCCCUGAAAUACGGUGCAUCAGAAUCUAGAAAUAUUGCUGUAUUGUCACCAGACAGGAGUCCAACUGCAGCCACUGCUAUGAGAAGAGAAAGAAGGUCAGCUGCAGUCAGGGCCAUGAUGCCACGCAAGAAGAAACGGCAUUCAUCUGAUGAGAGCAUUUCGUCUGAAAUUAUGAGUGUUGAAUCAUUUGUGGAAGAAGAUCCAUAUGAAAAGUUGCUAGAUUAUGAUGAAGAAAAUGACACAUACCUUGUUAAAAUCCGAAGUAAAAGCUAUCUUCAUUGCGAAUGGAUACCACGCGAUGAAAUCAAGUCAACUAGAGUGGGUGCAAUGAAAGUAAAAAGGUUUAAAAAAAUUGAUGUGGAUCAGGAUUAUACUAAAAUUGAGAGAAUUAUCCACGAGACACAAGACGAGCAGGGCAACAAGCUUGUGCUAGUAAAAUGGAUGAAGCUUCCGUACGAGGCAGCUACUUUUGAGUUAACUGCUGAUGCUGAGAAGUGUGAGAAUUUUGAAGUUGAGAUAAAAGCGUAUAGAGAUAGAAAGAGAAUGCGGCACAUGAAACUGCCAUUGGAUUGGAGGCCUUCCAAGGAAAAUCAGCUUAAGUUUGAUAAAAGCAAAGUGUAUAAAAAUGGUAAUACGCUUCGCAGCUAUCAGAUAGAGGGCGUUAAUUGGCUUUUGAAUAGAUGGUAUUUUAAGCAAAGUUGCAUCAUGGCUGAUGAGAUGGGGCUGGGUAAAACUGUCCAGAGUGUUAUUUUUGUUAACUCGUUGUUUUGUGAAUUUGACUACUGUGCGCCUGCAUUAGUUGUAGCACCUCUUAGUACUAUUGUUCACUGGGAGCGUGAGUUUAAGAACUGGACAGACCUACGCGUACUAACAUAUCAUGGUUCGAUUAUGGGAAGAGAUAUUAUUAACGAGUAUGAGUUUGCCAUCAAAACAGGCAAUAUAUCUGUAAGACUGUUUGACGUUAUUAUUACUACAUAUGAAAUGGCAAUGGCAGGUGCUGACCAUCUAAUGCAAUUUGAGUAUGGAGUAGCAGUAUUUGAUGAAGCACACCGACUUAAAAACACGUCUUCCAAGGCUGCAUCUUGUCUUAGAAGCUUCUCUAUUUUUCACAAAGUUCUUCUCAGCGGCACUCCCAUUCAGAAUAAUCUUAAUGAGCUUUGGUCUCUCUUUAAUUUCAUUGAUCCAAUUAGAUUUGAUAAUCUCAAUAAUUUCUUGCAGGAGUUUAAAAUGGAAAAGUCGGAGGAUGUACAGAAACUCCAGAAUGUGCUUAAACCAUUAAUGUUAAGAAGGAUGAAGGAAGAUGUUGAGACCACUAUUCCAAUGAAAGAGGAAACCAUUAUUGAGGUAGAGUUAACAACCAUUCAAAAGAGAUAUUAUCGGGCUAUUCUAGAAAAGAACAUUGAAUUUCUUACUAAGGGCGACAGAUCCAAUGCACCCAAUCUCAUUAAUGCUAUGAUGGAGCUGAGGAAGUGCUGCAUUCAUCCAUAUCUCAUUAAAGGUGCCGAAGAAAAGAUUAUCGGUGAUUAUUUAAAGAGAAAAAGGCUUUCAGGAGUUGAUGACGUCUCGCAAGCAACAUCACAAAAUCCUGCCAAGAAUUUCCAGCCAAUUCAAAUAGGUGAAUAUGCAAUGACAGAUUCCGACGAAUACCAUAGGAUCAUGAUCCAAAGCUCAGGAAAGUUAGUUUUGCUAGACAAGUUGUUAGCUAAACUCAAAGAUGGGCAUAAGGUGCUGAUAUUUAGUCAGAUGACCAAAUGUCUUGAUUUACUUGCAGACUAUCUCACAUACAGAGAGUAUAAAUUUGAGCGUAUUGACGGUGGGGUGAGAGGAGACCUUCGACAGGCUGCUAUUGAUAGAUUCUCCACGGGUGAUGCGUUCGUAUUUUUACUCUGCACUCGUGCUGGUGGAGUGGGCAUUAAUCUUACUGCUGCCGAUACUGUUGUGAUAUUUGAUUCAGACUGGAAUCCUCAGAAUGACUUACAGGCCCAAGCAAGAUGUCACCGUAUCGGACAGAAGAACGAAGUUAAAAUCUACAGACUUAUUACUAGAAAUUCAUAUGAAAGAGAGAUGUUUGACAAGGCGGGUCUAAAACUAGGACUUGAUAAAGCUAUUUUGCAGAAAAUGAAUUAUCUUGAAGGACAAGAGGAGAAAACUAAAGGGGAUGUCCACUCAAAUCUAAAGAAAGAAGAUGCCAUUCAGCUUUUACUUAGAAAAGGCGCAUAUGGUGUAUUGAUGGAUACGGAUGAUGCAUCUCAGAAGUUUUGUGAAGAAGAUAUUGACCAGAUUCUUGAAAGGCGUACGAAAGUAGUGAAGCAUAGUGAGGGAGGUAAUGUGUUUUCUAAAGCCACUUUCCAAGUUGAUGAAGAGAUUGAUGAUCCGGACUUCUGGGAUAAUUUAUUGAACCAAAAGAAAUCUGAAGAGAGUGAAGGAAGAAUCAAGAGACAGUGUAGAAGGCUUUCACGUGAAGGCAACAUUUCAGAUGAAGAUAAAGAACAGUUCAAGAUCUUGUAUUCAAUGUAUGUUAGUAAAAAAGACAAUGUUGUGGUAAAUAAAAUGAGUAAAGAGGAGUUAGAGAUAUUUCAAGUGUUUGUCACCGUGCUUCACAAAGGCGUAUUUGAUGUUGGUAUUGAUAUUUUUUCUGAUAGCUUCAACCACACAGCUGACAACUUGAGAUAUUUGAUUAAGUAUUGCAUCGAUCUCUUGCCUUCACAAAGACUGAGGAAUGAUUUCGCUGUUGGUCUUGAUAAGUUUUAUUUAGAUUACGACCCACAUCUUUUUACUGCGCAGUCCGACACAUAUCUGAAAUAUUAUGAGAAGUUUUUGUUUAAAAUCCAGAUUCCUUUGAUCCUGAAAAGUCUAACUACAACCGAAGAGCUAUUAGUAGAGAAGACACGUGGAUGGUCAUGUGAAGAUGACAAGGCACUGGUUAAUCUUGUUCUCACGAAGGGCUAUGACAAUUUUGAUUAUAAAGACAAAAGCAGAGACGAUAUUAACCAGAGAGUAAGGAAAAUUAUAUCGUAUUUAUCUCAUAAGAAGGAAAUUAGAGAGAAUGAUAACAUGUAUUUUAAGACAAUAAUGAACUUUGGGCGCUUAACUGAUGACAAUGAACUGGCAGUUGAGAAGUUUUUGAAGAAAGAUACAUCAAAAUUAAAAGAGCUGAUCAAUAAAAUAUGUAUGAUGUCGCGAAGAUCAAGGAGAGACACUGUAGAUGCUGAAUGUUUCGAAAGAAUUGAGUUUUUUGAUAUGCUUGCUGAGUUAGACGAGAUUCCUAUUAUCAGAAAAGUAGGAAUGCCCAGAAAAUGGGACAUUAAGAAAGAUUCGGAGCUUAGACUGCAUCUUUUACGAG